CUCUCCGCACGCUCUGUCGCCUUGCUGAUUCUGUUUGAUGCGGACAUCAGGACAGCCAGCCACUUCGAUAAAAGGUACUUCUUGCAAGUUGCAGGUCUUCAAACACAUUAUUGCUUCAUCCUCCAACGGCCUUCUAUCUUAUCGAAACGGUGUCUUUCGGCCUGCUCUCUCAGAGGACACUCACUCCGCAGCGAGCCCGUGCACAGUGCUCGAGCGUUCGAGCUUCACGAGUCGUUGUGGGUCUUGACUUUCCCAAUCCAAUCUGAGUGCCGUGAUGGAUGGCUUCGCCUAUUUUCAUUACCAUGCGCCCAGACACCAUGGUACUGCCAAUCGCCAGUCACCGCGUACUUCUUCUGGCCAUGUGAAUACUUCUCCCCAUCCUUCAUCACCCUCCUCGCCUUCCGCUUCUCUUCCAUCCUCGCCUCCGACAUCUCCGCUCUCGCUAUCUCGAUCGACCUCACCUUUUCGCAAGUCACGUCGUAGAGCACCCUCCGCCUCGACGACAGGUUCAGACCCUCUUUUCAGUCUCUACAGGAAGGACUCGGCCUCGUCAGAUCAGACGACAAAGCCCAGAGACAUGGACACAGCGACGAUUCGCGAACAACGCCAAGGUACGAGUGGCAGUAUUUCUUCGGCCGCCUCGAACUCGUCACACAACCUCCUCGCCAACCCUUUCGAACUACGCUAUGGACGCCGCUACCUGCGCGACGUACAAUACCCUCUACCUUGCGAUCUCUCGGAAAUUCAACGCCAAUCACUACGAACACUGCUAGGCGUAACAAUCCUCGGCAAACCGUCAUGCGUCCCCAAUGUCGCAAAAGAUGUACCUAAAAGAGUCUUGGAAAUGGGGUGUGGAAGUGCUUUCUGGACAGGCAGUUGCCAUGAGUGGUUUACUAGUCUGGGACAUCCGAACGUCGAGUUCACAGGACUGGACUUUGCACCACUGGCACCGGAUCUUCGCCGACAGGGUGUUAACUGGAAAUUUGUACAACACGACUUUCGACGAUACCCUUGGCCCUUCGAGAACAACUCAUUCGACUACAUUAUGUUAAAGGAUUUAUCUCUGACAGUACCAAUGGGUGUAGAGAGUCAGCGAUUCGUGGACGAGACCUUGCGCAUCCUAGCGCCCAAAGGCACAUUGGAAAUAUGGGAAUCAGACCAUGUAUUACGUUGCCUGCUACCACAACCGCCACCACCUAGAGGGAUGACAGCAGAGGAAGAUAAAACCUCGCGAGAAACAAAAACCUAUCUCAUUUCGCCCGCCACUCCCUUCGCACCAGCACAAAACCGGUACAUCGCCGACUCCAACACUUGGAUCCACGCCGCUCUGGAUAAGCUGAACUUGCCCUCUUCACCAUGCACACGCAUGGCCGAAAUUCUGUUCUCAGAGACUUCUCUCGAGGACGUGACGUCCCGCCGCAUCGCCAUCCCUCUAGGCCAAAUGCGUUGGGAAAAAGACCCCGAGGGCAAACUGAUCCGUUCAGGAAGUAGCGGCAACCUCUUCAACCUCUCUCCAAAGGGGAAAUCCAAAGUCGGCGAGCCCAUGCUCACGGAUGAUCAAGCUGCCAUCCGGUCCACAGCGCUCCUCACAGUGAUUCAGAAAGUCGAGUCAUUGGAGCCGCUGCUUAAGGAAGCUAGCGGAAAAAAUGCGGAGGAGUGGACGAGAUGGUGGUCUAGUAUGAUGACUUCAUUGCUGGAUCAGGAGAAUAGCGGUGGUGGCAGUGAGGUUUUGGAAAUUGGGGCUUGGUGGGCUACUAAAUGCGAGUGAUCGUAAGGUCAUUGGAAGUCGAAGAAACCGGUAUUUCUCUUCUUCAUUGCUUUUCGUAUCGCUGUUUCAAUGCUCGGUAGCGCUUGAGGUAAUACCUGCGCUGAAGGUCAGCAAAGGAUUGGUCUUUAUUUGUACAUGCGACUGGAUUUUUUAUGUAAAUAUGCAUGUGGACUGCCUUUCGAGCCAGGAGAAGAACGGAAACAACAGCACGUUCUUUCAUCUCGAGUCAUAGGCAGAUAGCUUCAUAACACACCCACUGGAUGGGAAUUGGUUACAAACUUACAA